AUGGAUGCCAAUCAACCGGAAGAUAUGCCCUACUGUAUCUGGUUUCCUGAUAUUCCCUCGGAAACUACACUUGGAGAGCUGAUCCAGCGCUUUCCCGCCAUGAGUUACCAGGCCGCGCGCGCCUGUGCUGUCGCCGGAUACACAGAUCUCUACAAGAAACUUGCCCUCCAAAUCCUACCGGAGAUUUCCAUCGCUGAGGAAGCCCGCGAGAACGGCAAUGUUGCCAUCUUCAAUCUGAUCAUGGAGGCGCCCUGCCGGUACAAAGUCUUUGACAAUUACAACCGUACUAUAGAUACUACGGCAUCGAAGCCCGCUUUUUUGAAUGGCGAUACCGCGAUUCGACCGUAUCUGCUGGAGACCCGGGCGUUUGAACCUCCGAUUGGUCGCAUGGAUGACGAAGAAGGAGGUUCUGGUACUGACGACGAUGAGUUGGAUCCCUGGGGCCUCGGUCCUCGACGGAGCUUCAUACAGACUCGCUUUAACAUCACCGAGGAUAUGAAUAUCGAUAUUAAUGGGAACGGUGGUAUUGCGGGUUUAGUUGCCACAGUAGUCCCGAAUUCCGAUGAAGAAGCACUCAGAAUUCUCUGCCAGCCGCUUCCAGUCGACCUGACCACCUGCCAUAAAGACUUGCUCAUUCUCAUGGCCGCAUACAACGGCGACAUGGAUAGGUAUCAUUGA